AUGACAACGCUGCGGCGCGGCAGGCUCCUCACCGCCCAGCCCGUUGAGGCCGGCGCGCCCCUCCUCGUCCUGCCGCCAUCGGCGCUCAUCACCUCGGAGCAUCCUCGGCACGCAGCCGGGCUCGCCUUUGUUGCGAGGGAGUUCCCCGAGCUCGACACACCUCCCUUCAUGCUCGCACUCGCCUUGCUCCUCGAGGACGCGCGCGCCUCCGCCACCGCAGCAGCGCCAGCGGGUGGGCCGCCUCCGCCGCUAGUGCGGCAGCUGCCGACGGAGGAAGAGCUGUCCCACCUGCCGGUGAUGCUGUCGGCGGCACGCCUCGCCGAGCUGAGAGGCACCGACGCGCACGGCCUCGCCGAGAGCUUGCGGUCCGAGGUGGAGGAGACGCACCGCCACGUCCGGCGGAUCGCGCGGCGGCGCGGCUCGCCCUUCAACGGCACCGCUCCGGCGCUGCCUCGCUGGCGGUGGGCGCUCUCGGUCGCCUGGCGGUGCGCCGUGACGCGCCCACCGCUCGCCGGCGAGCGGCGGCGAGAGUCGAGGGCGGCGCUACGCGGCGGCGGCCGUGCGCAGUGGGCGACGGCGGAGGAGUUGCAGUCGCAACGGCACACUCGACUCUAG